AUGACUCGUUACUUCUGCUGUGGUAGCUACUUCCCAGGCUAUCCCUGCUAUGGAACCAACUUCCAUGGGAACUACAGAGCCACCCCUCUCAACUGCGUUAUCCCUCUGGGCUCUCCCCUGAACUACGGCUGUGGAUCCAGUAUCUACAGCUCCCGGAACCACUGCUUUGGUGGCAGCAACUUCAACAAUCUCGGUUGUUGCUACGGCAGUAGCUUUUACAGGCCCUGGGGCUCCGGCUCUGGCUUCGGCUACAGCUCCUACUGA